AUGCUCGCUGCGGCAGAUUCUAUCGACGACGACCUACCAAUCGAAAAUUCUGAAAGUGAUCCAGUUCCAGACCCAGUUGAUUCUUUGUCGGAAAAAGUGAUGGAGCAAGCACUUGAGGGAAAGCUAGAGAUUCAGAUCACCGACGCCGUGUCAGAAAAAGAGACGAUCAAGUUCAAGAUUCAAGUCAAGAGCGACCUUCAGAGUUAUACAGAAUCGAGAGGACGCGAAUUCAAAGUUGAGAGAACGCAUCACGAGUUUUCUUGGCUGCACAGUUCUUUGAGUGAGAAUCAGAUGUACGCAGGGUAUCUCAUCCCGCCAAAGCCACAGAAACCCGACUUUUCCUCACCGAGCAAACAGCUUCACGACAUUUCUGAAAAAGAAGAAAAGCUUCCUAAAGAAGAUAUCGCUUUUCUCAAGACCGACCUAGAAGACAAGUACCUCGCCCAGUUCAAAAAAGCAGUCUCAACACAUGAAAUCUUCCUCAACAGAAUCUGCCAGCAUAAAAUUCUCAGAAACGAUCAUGAUUUACGAAUCUUCCUAACUUUCGAUGGCGAAUUGAACGUCAGAAGUAAAAACACGAAAGAGCGGCUAACUGGUUGGCUGAGAAAGGGCGAAAUGGCAAUUCAAGCUGCUUUCAACGACCGUGUCAAAGAUCCUGAUCCAUUUUUCGAGAAGAACAGAGUUUUUAUCAACGAAUACGAGCUAAGAAUCGACAAUGGAAAGAGGAAAUCAAAAGAAGUUACGAAAGAAUAUGGAUUGAUCAGCAAAGAACUCAUGGCGAUCAUGGUCGAAGUUAAAAGAAUGGCGGCGUCAGAGGCCAAAAACCCUGAAGCUCGAAAAAUCGCUUUGGAGAGAUGUCUGAAUAUCGUCUGCCGUGAUCUUCCAAAAAUUCAAAAGUGGGAAGGCAGAAUGGGCUCAGACACGGAACUGAAGCUGGUUGAUUUGAUGCGAUAUUAUGUCGCGGAAACAGAGUCUGUCAAAGAACUUCUAAUUCGUCGGCAGCAGAGUCUUGACGAUCUCGAUCGGAAAAAUCGAGAUCUUGAGGCGGCGAAGAUCAAGAAUAAGAAUGUACAGCACUUUGAAGCUCGAAAAACAGCUGCUGUGGAGCAUAAAGAUAAACUAGCAUCAGCGGGGAAAGAAGAACUCGUCAGAUUUGAGAAAAAUCGUGAAGAAGCUUUUGUCAAAAAUCUUGAAGAACAUGCAGCACUGCAGCUCAAACACUCACGCCAAAAAGUCAAUGUCUUGGAAAAUAUGAUCAAGGCACUGGAGGCAGCAGAAGGCGAACUCUAG